UACGAAGCGUCGGCAACCCGAAAUUUACCGUUAAGUAAGACCCACCCUUGAAAAAACGGACUUGGAUUUUGUGAUCCGGACCUUUGGAUAGAGUAAUGGAGGAACUUACAGCUUUUGUUUCCAAGUCCUUCGAGAAGAAAACGAAGGGGAGCAGGAAAGACAAUAUCUCAUAUCGGGAAGUUUUGGGGAGCGACUUGGCCAAUAGCAGAGACCUCGGAAGCGCAGAACCGAAUCUACAAGGCAUUACUGAUACCAGCAACCACUGUCCUAUUUAUCUAUUCAAAGAAAACUUAGAACUCGAUAAAGAACAAAUCGAGGAUAUUAAGAGUAAAAGGGCUGACGAAGGAAUAUAUGAAUGCAACGACAAAAAAGAUAGAUUGAAACCCGAGGACGAAGACACGCGAAACAAAAUGAAACAGAGGCGGAGUCGGACGAAUUUCACACUGGAGCAGCUGAAUGAACUGGAACGACUGUUUGACGAAACGCACUAUCCAGAUGCAUUCAUGAGAGAGGAGCUGAGCCAAAGACUGGGACUUUCGGAGGCCAGGGUACAGGUUUGGUUUCAAAACAGACGGGCAAAAUGUCGAAAACAAGAGAAUCAAACGAAUAAAGGCAUCAUCUUGGGGAGCGACGGCCACCUGGAAGCCUGCAGAGUGGCCCCCUACGUGAACAUGGGUGCCCUACGGAUGACCUUCCAACAGGUACAGACCCAACUGCAGCUGGAAGGAGUAUCUCACUCACACCCGCAGCUGCAUGCUCACCUUGCGACCCGAACUCCGUACCUGAUAUUUCCGUCAGCGCAUUUUGGACUCUCACUCGGACCGCUGGCAGACUCUGGCUCGGUGGCAGUGGAGGCAGCUGCCAAGAGCAACAGCAAGAAUUCGAGCAUCGCUGACCUCCGACUCAAGGCAAGAAAACAUGCGGAGGCCCUCGGACUCUGACCCCAUGGGCGUCCCUGCCACUCCCAACUCAGAUAAUUGCCUCUCACACAAGUCGCAGCCUGUGAAAGGCCAUUAUAGUCGCGGUUAAAGCAAAACAAAAUAAAGAAAACUGUCAAAGACCCAGCUGCCAAAACAGGCACUUGUCGGAAGGUGCAGUCAAAUGUCAAUGAAAGUGACUAUCUUUUGUCUAAUGGGGAGAACUUUUAAAGUCUGUUCUGUGUGUCUGAGCUCUGGGCCUGUGCAGAUUCCUCUUUAUGACAAAAAAAAAAAAACAUUUAAAA